AUGUCCCAAUUGGAUCAGAACGUAUUCUCACAGCCAUUGGUACCAGGUUUUAUGUACAUGAAUUUGACAACACGGCGGAAUAUAGGACGAUUUCUGAAGACCGUGAAUUCACAUUCCUCGCAAUCUAUCAUUUUCACCCGACCGACGAGUGGCAAAGAUACAACAACAGUGCGUUCGUUUUUCUUAAUACCAAGCGUGUCAGCGACAGAUCCUGACGCAAUCUGCCCACGUAGGUUUAUCGAUUUUUGCCCUUCAUUUUAAAGAAAAUGUUUACAUCUUUUGUAUUGUGAUGACAAUACUUCAGGCACCUUUAUAUAAUGUUUACAAAGAUCAAGACCUGAAAAGAACUUGACUUCAUAUACCAUGCCGUUUCGGGAAAACUGAGUCAUAGUUUGUACCAAAACACAUCUUUGUCCUAAAACGUCCAAUUCAAAAUAAUAUUAGACUCAACGGCCACUGCUGUAUACAUAUGCUGAACCGUGUCAUUAGUAAAUUCACUUGCCUCCUCAAGAGCUACGCGAAUCAUAUUCCUGAGUUGUUUUUUAUGGAUGUUUUCAAAUUUAUUGGCUCACCUACAGUUUUAGUUAAAUCAGUAUGCCUUGACUUUGAGCUCGUUUGUGCUGUUUGUGGGCAACCGAAUGCUCUAUUUGAAUCUUUCUCGUCUAAGUUUUUGAGAGCGUUACGUCAUUCACCUAGAAUGGGAGACCAAAUUUAUAUUCUAUUACAAAAACGCAAAAACGUUUCGAAGUUUGAUAUCUGUUUCGAAUUUCGGUUGCAAUUGCAUUCACAGGAAUGGAGUAUUAAUUCGGGAUCCUCUUUAUUUAUUUUGAACAAAUAAUUCAAAGAAAGCUUUUAUACAUCAAACUAACUUACUGCAUUAGUCGAGAAAUUUUUUGCGACCAAAGUUUCUACGCCGUCUUUGUUUUGCAUAAAGUUCAUCAAAUCGCUUGCGUGGAGUGUCGCUCUGAUCUUGAGAAUUACUGCCAUGAUCCCUUCAAUCGAAGUCUACUUACGUUCAAUCAAAUAAGAACAAGGCUUUGUGAUGGAUACUGCGUGAAAUGGAUACGAGCAUCACCAAAUAAAAAGCGUACGUCUAUUACAUAAUGUUUGCACUGGAGAAGAACCCUCUAAACCUCUUUAAUAGGAAAAUAUCCUGUUAAAUGUCUUUGACGUUUUCAGAUUUAUGUUUUAAUAGCCAACACGAUCGACUUAAAGGAUAACUUUUGGGCCAUUUUUGAAAUACGUUUCAUAUUUUCUAAGUCUCCCUUUUGCGCAUUCAUGCUGAGCAGUUACUUCGCAAAACUAUUAUUUGACCUUAUUAGAAGGAAAAACGGCUGCGCAAAGUUUCAGUUUUGCGUUAAUCGAAAAGAAAUUUAGGACCACAAUAAAUAAAAUUUUUUUCCGGGGAUAAAUUUCUGUUGCUUAGUCUACUUGUCAAUAUAUAUUUCGUCGAUUUUUUAAAUCAGCCCGAUUUAUUUAAAACAUUUUAGAGGGAAACAUCAUUGUUCGAACAUGUUCAAGCAAUCUACGUAUGAAAUUUCAGAUAAAUCUGGUAUGCUUCCAAGAAUCGAAGGCAGGUGACCGCGUCCUUUGCUUCUGCAACCAGCCUAGGUGUAAUUCUGGCGCAACCAUAA